UGGAAUUGUUUUGCUGUUACUAAUUGAGUGUGCUCUUAUCACGGAAAUAUCUCGUUUUAUCAUAAAAUAUCCUGUUUACAGGUUUGUACAUACUGUAACAGGUUAGCAACAAAAAUUUAUUUGGGAAGGAGGAAACAUUGUUUUGGGUUCUUAUAAGGCUUUACAGGCAUUGAAGUCCAAGUGAUUGUCUUUGCAUAUUAUUUUGUAGCUAAACGUUCUAGCCAGUCCGUCUAUCAUGUUGCAUUGAAUUGUAAUCCCCUUAUACUCACUUUAGAGACCCGCCGUAUUAUCCUUCCAACCUUGACACACCCUGGACUAGCUAGUACCAUGCCAGCCUCGUUAAGGGAAGAGGAGUGGACAAGUGGUGUUUACGUUUUUAGAGGUUUCUACACAGUGCCCUUUAAGUCAAUUUAAUCUGUAUUUUAGUGGUAAUGGUACGCUCCACGCGGUGACGCUGUGUUCUCGACCUGUGAUUCAAACCGAAGAAGACGACGCGGAAGUAAAACGGGGGAUUUACGUAUAGUAAUUAUCAUCGUAAUAUUUGGAAUUGCAUAGUUUCCCCGUGGACGAAUUAAUAUAUCUAGCAGAAUUGCCAACGAAUUAAUAUAUCUAGCAGUAUUGCCAACAUAUUUAGUCGGCCGCAACAUGUCUAGACUAAACUCGUUUCGUGUCUUUUUAAAUGAUCGUUUAACUGCAGCUCUUAUAGACAUUUUAGGGGCCGCUAAUAAGACGGUGGAGGAGUACCGGGUGGAGAAUGAUCGGCUGAGGAGAAUGUUGCGGAUCACGUCAAAGAAGCUCAGUAGAAUAGACUCUCUGCAGUUUUCUCUCUCAGUCUCUGAAGAGGAGGUUCCCCCUGAGCAGAAUUGGAGCCCCAGUCUGGGCCAGGAGGACCCAGAGCCCACACAGAUUAAAGAGGAACAGGAGGAACUCAGCACCAGUCAGGGUGAAGAACAGGAUCAAGGCCUCUUUGAUACCAAAGACCAAUGUGAUCAAGAGGAUGCAUUUCAUACACCCACACUGACUGGAUAUUCACCCCACAGUGGAUGGAAAAUGUCUACAAUUCAGUCCUUUCGUGCAUUUUUAAGUGACUGUUUAACAGCAUGUGCUGGUGUGGAGAUUUUCAGGACAUUUAAAGAAAGGGUUGCAGAGUACCAGGAGGAGAAUGAUCGGCUACGGAGAAUGCUGCGGAACGCACUGGAGAUACAGCUAUGUAGAAUAGACUCCCUGCAGUUCUUGCUCUCAGUCUCUGAAGAGGAGGUUCACCCUGAGCAGCAGAUCUAUGAGCAGGAGUGGAGCCCCAGUCUGGGGGAGGAGGACCCAGAGCUGACACAGAUUAAAGAGGAACAGGAGGAAGUCCGAACCAGUCAGGAAGAAGGCUCCAUAUUGACUCCUCUUUGUGUGAAAACUGUAUGUCAACAGGAGGUUCCAUGUCAGUCCUUGACUCUCCCUCAAACCCAGACUAUGGAGAACAGAGGAAGUGACUCUAGACCAGUUGAUCUCCAACCUUUCAGCACUGUGACCCACCUAAAGGGUCUUGACAUUCCCUGUGAACCUCCAGAUAAUCUAAAUAAUUUCUCCAGCCACAGCUCAGCUUUAAUCAGAGACCCAGUAGGAUUGGACUGCAGUCUACCAUUGGACCAAGACCCAUCAAUAGGAGAACACCGUCUGAAACUCAGCAUCACGUCUAGAAAAUCUCACCAAUGCCAGGACUGUGGUGAAAUGUUUGUUCUGAAAGCUGAUCUACUGAGGCAUGUGACUCAAACCAGGAAGAGACCUAGUGAAUGUCUCUCUUGUAGAAAACGGUACAACUCCACCUGUAAACUAAAAGCCCAUGUCAGGCUCUGUCACAGUGAGAAACCUGGUACCUGCCCAGUUUGUGGCAAGACCUUCAAACAAAAAGGACAUCUGACCAGGCACAUUCGGAUUCACACAGGAGAGAUAUCAUUUAGUUGUAGUGACUGUGGGAAACGUUUCAGUCAGAAGGACCUUAGUAAACAUAAACUGACUCACAAAGUAGAGAAACCGUUUAGCUGUGGUGACUGUGGAAAAAACUUCCGUCAGAAUGCACACCUAACCAUGCAUAAACUGACUCACACAGGAGAGAAACCAUUCAGCUGUGAUCACUGUGGGAAAAGCUUCAGUCAAAAGGGGAACCUAGCCAACCAUAAACUGAUCCACACAGGAGAGAAACCAUUCAGCUGUACAGACUGUGGGAAAAGUUUUGUACUCAAGCAGCACCUAUCCAUGCAUAAGCGCACUCACACAGGAGAGAAACCAUUCAGCUGUGGAGACUGUGGGAAAAGCUUCAAGCGGCAGGAGGUCUUAACUGUUCAUUUAAGGACUCACACAGGAGAGAUGCCAUUUAAUUGUGGUGACUGUGGGAAACGCUUCAGGCAUAAAGGGUCUUUUAAGAUACAUAUAAAGUCUCACACGGGAGAGAAACCAUUUAGCUGUGGUGACUGUGGGAAAAGCUUUACCAAGACAACGCCCUUAAAAAUUCAUUUACGGACUCACACGGGGGAGAGGCCAUUUAGCUGUAGUGACUGCGGGAAAACCUUCAAUCAGAAGGGGAAUCUAACCACACACCUGCGUAUUCACACCCGAAAGAACUCAUUGGUCUGUAGAGACUGUGGGGAAAGCUUCAGUCAGAAGGAGCACUUAACGGAACACAUACAGAAUCACACAGGAGAGAAACCAUGUAGGUGUACUGACUGUGGGAAAAGCUUCUAUAUGAAGGCGGAUCUAAGGAGGCAUAUGCUAACUCACACAGGAGAGAGACCACAUUCCUGCUCACAGUGUGAUAAAAGAUUUACCACUAAGACUCAUCUGCUCAGGCAUAUUUUCAUUAUCCAUAAAGGAGGAAAACUGGAGAGUAACAAUAAGAGGAAAGAAAAUCAGGACAAAGAGAGAAUCUUUCAGUUGAGAAAUUAAAAAGGCAGGAGUUGGACAAUAGCAAUUUUCUAUGGAAAAGCAAAUUUUCCCCUUGAUGAGCAUAUAACAUUGGAAGCACAGAAAGUAUGACGUUUUAGUACAGCGGGCAGGACAAUGUAACACCACAGACCCAAUGUAGAUUUUUAAAUUUUUGGUGUCAAUAGCCAUCUUAAAUGUUUCCGCCUGCGGCCGGUUGAUUGUUGUGGUUAUAAAUUCAAUGCAUGGAUCUUCUCUGAAGGAGCAACUUUAUAGCGCAGAUGUCAGGAGGAAUGUCUGUUUCAAAUUUUUCAGCAGCAGCAGUGUCUCUCAACAGGGCAUCAACAUUGUGUCUUGACAUUAACGACCCUAUGGUUUAUUACUGUUUUGCUGACUGGUGGAAUGACCCAAGUUUGAACCAUGAGUGUGUCAUGAUUUAUUGCCCGGACCUUCAAGAAAGCUGGGGGACAAAAGAUAAACCCCACCCAGGGGAUUGCCAAAAAAAGCAUGAUCAGAUUGCGUCAUACAAGACGUUUCUUUAUAAAGCCAGGGCCCAAACCUUAGAAUUUUGGGUGUAUCUGCAGAAGGGCCUGGCUUUGAUGACUGACAUUGUUCUGAGAUCUUCAUUAAAGUCUGUGGGAUUCAUAAGUUCCUGAGUAUUGGUGCAGAAAGAGUGGACUUGGUUUUCCACAAAACCAUAAGCCAAUACAAUUAUUUUUUUAAUUAUUUAUUUUACUCUUCAGUGCUCUCCCCUCUGGCAGAAGGUUGAGGUCUAUCAGGACCAAAACUUCUCACCACACGAACAGUUUCUCUCCUACAUCAGUAGGCCUCAUGAAUAUGCCCUGGAACCAAACUGACUAUAGACCGCUCUCCACAUACACACACAACCCUCAACCAGACAUAUUUUAAACCCUCCCCACACACUCAGACAACCCUCAACUAGACAAAAUCUUGUAUAUUUUCUUUAGUCAUUUAUUAAUGCUCAAUCUACUGUUCUUAUGUGUUUUUAUUUCCCUCAUUCCUUCUGUAUAAAUUGUGGCAUCAACGACCAGAACAAAUUCCUUAUAGGUUGUGAA